GAUUGCCGCAGAGAAGUUAGGCGCAUUUGAUGGCGCUCGAAAUCACACGAAGAAUAUAGAUCUAUAUUGCACAUGUCGGUUUUUCUGCUGAAAGUGGUCAGGAAUUCACAAGAUUUAAUUACUAUACUGCAGUAUACCUACAUAAGACACCGAAUUGAUCCUCAAACAAAAACUGAGGUUGUCAUCUCUUAAACAGAUGUUGUUGGUUCUCUCAACAUAAGAAAACAAACCAGCAGUAUUAGAAAGCAGAAUCCAAUCAUCAGUGCUUCCGACAGUGCUUCCAUUAGUGCUAUUGAUUGUUCUGGUUCAAGGGCAUAUUCGUUUGUGAGGAGGAAUUUUGUCAAAACAUUUGUUUAUCAACAACAGCUGAAUAUAAUCUUGAUAAUAAACAAACAUUUUUAUGUGAUGGUUAUUUAACAAAGUAUAUAUUUGUGAGAUAACAGCCAAAACGAUAUGAACUUUUACUUGUUCUUGCAACUAAAUAAUCAAUAGAACUCAACAUAGAAAUAUACAGAUCAUCUUGACUGUAAAACCUACAAUGGUUGAGAUUGUAAUACCAAAUGAGUACCUAUGGAUGGUAAUAGUUGGAUUUAUUGUAGCCUUUGUGCUAGCAUUUGGACUUGGUGCUAAUGAUGUAGCUAACUCGUUUGGAACCUCUGUUGGGUCGGGGGUUCUUACCCUAAGGACAGCAUGUAUUCUAGCUACAAUAUUUGAAACAUUAGGAGCUGUACUAAUAGGAUAUCGAGUAUCCGAUACUAUACGUAAAGGCAUCAUUGAUGUAGAACUGUAUCGUAACCAAACAGAACUGCUGAUGGUGGGCCAGGUGUCAGCACUAACAGGUUCCUGUGUUUGGCUGAUAGCUGCAACAGUACUCCGUCUUCCAGUGUCAGGUACACAUAGUAUAGUAGGCGCCACUAUCGGAUUUGCACUUGUUGCCAAGGGGGCAUCUGGUGUCAACUGGGCAAGACUUGGAUUGAUCAUUGGAUCAUGGUUUAUAUCACCUAUCACAUCUGGGGCUGUCUCUACUGGACUGUUCUUUGUUGUGAAAUAUUUCAUACUAACCAAGGAGAAUCAACUGGAGAUAGGUCUGCGAUUUCUUCCAAUAUUUUAUGGUGUUACCUUAGUGAUAAACUUGUUUAGUGUCUUCUAUGAAGGUUCUAAUUUGCUUGGUUUUGAUCGAAUUCCACUAUGGGGUGUGUUUAUACUGUCAUUUGGGAUGGGCAUAAUAUGUUGCUUACUGGUUCGAUUUCUGAUGGUGCCAUGGAUGAGAAGAAAGAUUCAAAAAGAGGUGCUUUAUGAAGGACCAGGUGACACUAAAUCUGAAGACUCUAAAGUCAAAUAUACAUUCCAAAAGUCAGUCCCCAACUCUAAGCGCAACUCCCUCACAGAUGGAAUCGAUCCCAAAAUGCUUUCGCUUCCUGAGAAAAUCACAGAGGUUGCUCAUGAGUUGGAGCUGCAAGAGAAAGAGAACAUGGAAAAAAUCCAAAAUGGAAGUUUUGACUCAACAAGAAAUGAAAAUGGACUGAACUUGAAUGUGAACUUCAGCAAUGGUGAUAUCUCUCCACAGAAAAAGGGAGGUGUAUCACCAGGUGCUGGUCCUUUAGAAUUAACCCCAAGAAAAACUUUAGAGGUAGAGUCAAAAGAGGUGUCCCCCAAUGUCAGCUGCCCCCCUAGUGGCUAUGCUACCCCUCUCAGUACCAAGCCUUUACUCGACAAUAGCAAGGAUUCUGCUGACUUAGAGUCUCAGAGUAGUGACAAAGGACGAAAUUUCAUCACUGACCGCCCAGAGACAGGUAGACUCUUCAGCUUCCUUCAGAUUCUUACCGCUAUAUUUGGAUCUUUUGCUCAUGGUGGGAAUGAUGUUAGUAAUGCCAUUGGUCCUCUUGUUGGUCUAUGGGUGAUUGCAACAACUGGUGAUGUUGGUCAAAAGGCCCAGACGCCUAUCUGGAUCUUGUUAUAUGGAGGCGUUGGUAUAUCAGUUGGGCUCUGGAUCAUGGGGAGACGUGUCAUUAAAACUAUCGGAGAGGAUCUCACUAAAGUCACACCAUCAAGUGGAUUUUGCAUAGAAAUUGGCUCAGCUUUAACUGUACUGAUUGCUUCUAACAUUGGCAUACCCAUCAGUACAACUCAUUGCAAGGUUGGCUCAAUUGUGUUCGUGGGCCGAUUCAGAUCCAAGGAGAAUGUCGAUUGGUUGCUAUUUAGGAACAUUAUCAUCGCUUGGGUGGUGACUUUACCCAUAUCGGGGGGCAUAGCAGCAGCUAUGAUGGCUGGCCUUAGGCUCACAGUACCACAUUAAUCACUUAUUAUACCACUCUGUAGAAAAGGACAAUGUCUCGCAAUACAAAAUUAUUGCCAAGGAAGGUGUCAACAAGACUAGUGUCAUUUCAACAGAGACUUUUGGAUCUGUGCUUUUAAACCUGCACAUUACCCUAGAAUGCAAUCUUCGGUUGUUCCGGCGUCAACUGAAAGAUUUUGAGCUAUAAUGAAAACAUAUACGAUUGUGAACAAUUGGCUUGUGCACAAAUACUCACGAUAAAUGUGUCAUUAUGACAAUUGUUCCUUCGAUUCGGUUUGGAGAAUGAAGUUCAUCGGCUUAUUUCGACGUUAUCAAUUAUUAUUAUUAAUGAUUUUAUUUUUUACAAUCAUGCAUUACAUGUAUCUCUAUCUCAGUAUCUCUACUAUGUGAGAUUUCAUUUUGAUAAGAUCAAAUAUCGAUUUCAAUAGCCCUCUGCCUUUAAUCACGACAUUGGGGGUUCGCUAAUAUUUUGUUGCUGUAUGAAAAAAGUUAUUUUCUGCUGUAUAUGUGAUUUUUAUCCCACCGAACAAAGUUCGAGGGGGAUAUAGAGAAGCCGUCCGUCCGUCCGUCCGGGUGAUAAC